UUGGUUGCUUUGAAAAACAAAGAGCAGUAUAUGCAAGAGUUGGAGCUGUACAAGCAGAAGAAAGAAGAAGAAACUGCUCACCUCAAGAAGGAAGAGGAAGAACAUAUGAAACUUCAUAAGCAAGAAGCCGUGCAAUUGCUCAAGAAGAAAGAGAAAACUGAAACUAUGAUUAAGGAACUGAGUGAAGAAGAGAGGCAAAUGGAACUGAGUGAAGAAGAGAGGCAAAUUUGGAAUGGUAAAGCUGCAGAGGUAAUGGAACUCGAAGCUUAUAACAAGAAAUUGGAAGCCGAAAACAAGGAGAAUUAG